AAAUCGGGGAGAGAGAGUGAGAGAGCCAGAAAAAAAAGGAAAAAAAUAAAAAAUAAAAAAGUGGGGCCCACUGACGGAAAUUCCACCGGAAUUGCUAAAUGGGUGGUCAUCUGAGUGUUUUUUUAAAUUAGUGGGUGGUAUUUUAAAUUUUUUUUUUUUUGGGUGGUUAUGUCAAAAUAGGCAUAUUUUGUGGGUGGUAAUUUGCAAAUUUCCCUAAUAUUAAUUUUAUACAAAUUUAUCACAUUUCAAGAAAAAGUCGUAAUUUAAAAAAAUAAUUAUCCGUAAAAUGAUCCUUAAAAACGAUAAUAUUGACCAAUAAGAUAGAGUGGCACAAUACAGAAGAUUCAACUCAUAGGUGACAUGUCCCACAAAACAAACACACCAGCCAAAUCCAUGUUGCCAAAUUGGUAAUUUUAGUCUACUGCCAGAAUCUCCGGUAUAAAAUACUUAUAAUUCUUGCACAAAAAACGGCACCAUUUCCCAGAAAAAAUUUCAUCUUAUAAUUUGUUAAAAUUUUUGUGUUUCCCAAUUCCUAAAUAAAAUCACAUAAAUUCAAGAAAAGAUCUUUAAUUAGUUUCCUACUACUCUUCUUCUACUCAACUCCAAAACUCUUCAUUCUACCUAAUUUCUUAUCACACAAAAUAACCCAAUAACUUAAUUAAACCUUCAAAUUUAUUUUGUGUUUAUUUUAUAAUACUAAUCAUAUUCAUGGGUUUUCAAUGCAUUGUUCUGUUUCUUUUCUUGUUAUCCUCCCCUGCAUUAGCCAAGUUUAGUCCUAGGUUUCCCUCCUCGAUCGUUCGACCCGAGCAGCUAGCUCAAAUUACAAACAUUAAUGAUGAAGCAAAGCCUUAUGAAACAAGGUAUUUUACACAAAUACUUGAUCAUUUCAACUUUAAUCCACAAAGUUAUCAGACUUUUCAACAGAGGUAUUUGAUCAAUGAAAAAUAUUGGGGUGGAGCUAAAAAGAAUGCCCCAAUAUUUGUUUAUAUGGGUAAUGAAGGAGAUAUCGAAUGGUUUGCGCAUAAUACUGGUUUUAUGUAUGAGAAUGCUCCCCAUUUUAAUGCUCUUCUUGUUUUCAUUGAGCAUAGAUACUAUGGAAAAUCAAUACCAUAUGGAGGAGACAAAGAGGUUGCGUAUAAAAAUGCAACUACACAAGGCUAUCUUAGCUCAACUCAAGCAUUGGCUGAUUAUGCAACUCUUAUACUUGACCUUAAAAACAAUCUCACUGCUUCUGAGUCUCCUGUAGUAGUCUUUGGAGGAUCUUAUGGAGGAAUGCUAGCUGCUUGGUUUAGACUGAAGUACCCACAUGUAGCAAUUGGAGCAUUGGCUUCUUCUUCUCCAAUCCUCAAUUUUGGAAACCUCACUUCUCCUUUCAGCUUCAACAACAUUGUUACUCAAGAUUUCAGGAGUGAAAGUGAAAAUUGUUAUGAAGUGAUCAAAGAAUCAUGGACACAAAUUGAAGAAACCGCGAAGCAAAACGGAGGGUUGGAAAAGCUUAGGUCUUCAUUCAACAUUUGCAAGAACAUUACUAUUUCUGCGGAUGAAAUUGAGAGUUGGUUGAGCACGGCUUAUAUUUAUACUGCUAUGACGGACUAUCCUACUCCCUCUAACUUUCUCAACCCCUUACCUGAAUUUCCUGUUAAACAAAUUUGUAAAGCAAUCGACAACCCAUUAUUAGGGAAUGAUACAUUUGCCAAGUUAUAUGGAGCUGCCAACAUUUACUACAAUUACUCAGGAAACUUGAAUUGCUUUGAUAUAGCAGGUGAUAAUGAUAAGCAUGGUCUUCAAGAGUGGACAUGGCAGGCAUGUACAGAGAUGAUACUGCCAACAGACGGAAACAACAAAGAGAGCAUAUUCCCCGCUUCCAACUACAGCUACAAUGACCGAGAAUCCUACUGCACCUCUCUUUAUGGUGUUCAACCUCGCCCUCACUGGAUCACUACUGAAUUUGGUGGAACUGAUAUACACAGGGUGUUAAGAAGGUACGGCAGCAACAUCCUGUUUUUUAAUGGCAUCAGAGACCCAUGGAGUGGUGGAGGAGUUUUGAAGAGUAUCUCAAACAGUUUGGUAGCCAUUAUUGCAAAAGAAGGUGCCCAUCACGUGGACUUGAGAUUCUCGACGAAGGAAGAUCCAAAUUGGUUGAAAGAAGUAAGGAAAACGGAGAUUGGCUACAUCAAUAAGUGGCUUUCUCAAUAUUACUAUGAUUUUAAUCAUAUCCAUUUAAUCCAUAAUUGAUUAAGUAUAAAAACACACUAUGUAUAAGUAGUACUCGUAUUUUUUAUUUUUCUCAUUACUUAAGGCUUAUUUCAUGUGCUCUUUUCUUUGAUCUUUAAUGCUUCAAGAUUUAUGCCCAAAAAUUCAAAAAGAAAAAUAAACAACAACAGAUUAUUAUGUAAACACUUAUGUUAUGCCAUGUAAAAUUGUAUAUUCAUGGAAUUAACAAUAAUGCAAGAUAGGGAAAUUAAUUAAAGAUAUGUACUUUCUAGCUUAUUUUCUUCUAGGUUUAAAAAGAGGUACUCCGUAAUAGCUAAUUGUUACAAAUGUACAUAUAUAUUAUAUCACGACAUCUUAUUAG